AUGGCGCAGGAAUACGGGCUGCAAGAGCCACGUUCACCCAGCAUGGAACAAUGCUUUGCCGAGAAGCUCCGACUCACAGUUGAGGUCGACCCAACCCCCCCCCCUUUGACCAUCGGCUCAGAGAGCGCCUUCAGUCCCCUUCAAUUGGAAAUCCCGACGGAUCAUGGCAACAGCACCAGCAGUGGAGAUUGUGUAAGCGAUGACACCAGCAGUGUCGGUGACGGACGGGUGUGCGAGGAUUGGUCCUCGGCCGCCUCCUCUUCGUCCUUGCGGCCCCAUAGUGGACGGAAAAAAGGUGCCAAGGAUGCGAAGACGCUUUUGACCUCAACCCCUCCGAAGUCGUCCGGAGGACGGGAGAAACGCACUGGUGGCACCCCUCUCUCGCUCACCCUCGACGAGGGAUCGGUCGCUACAAACGACAUGGCUUCGUGUCCUUCCAGCGGCGGCAGCCUAGGUGCGCACGGCUGUGCCGACGAAACCCCCGGGCAGGGCCUACACGACUGCCUGGUCCCCUUGGGAGUGUUAGGCCGUGGCGCGGGUGGGAGCGUCUGGCAAGGCAUUCACGUCCCCAGCCUGCGCCUGGUGGCCGUCAAGACCAUCCCCGUCUUUGAAGAAGGGAGGCGGCUUCAGAUGGUGCAGGAGCUCCGGUCCUUGUACUGGAAUCUCGCGCCUUUCCUGCCUCCCUCCUCCUCCCUGGCGCCCUCUCAUUCCCCCCCCCGCACCACCCCGGCCUCCCCUCCCCCGUUUCCCUCCGCGGCAGACGGCCCGGGACCGAUCGGUGGGACGGGCGGGCGUGGAGGACAAGGGCUUGUCGGCGAACCAUCCGGACAGGUCCUGAUUGGCACAGGAGCACACCGCGGAAGUCCCGUGGGGGGUAUGGACGCAGGCGCUUCCCGAGGGGGAGGAGGUUGCCCCCAGCUUGUCUCCUUCUACGACGCCUACGCGAAUCCGCGGGAAGGCACCGUGAGCAUAGUCCAAGAAUUCAUGGACGCAGGCUCGCUCCAAGACGUGGUCGACGCCGGGGGCUGUGCGGACGAGGCCGUCCUGGCCCACAUGGCCCGCGAAGUCUUGCUAGGCCUGGCGUACCUGCACGCACGCCGGCAAAUCCACCGGGACAUUAAACCCGCCAACCUCCUCCUGAAUCACCGGGGCGAGGUAAAAAUCAGCGAUUUUGGGCUGGUCCGGCACUUCGAUGCCAGUAUCUCCCGGGCGGAUACUUUUGUCGGGACCUUCACUUACAUGUCGCCGGAGCGAAUUUGUGGUGGGGAGUACGGGUAUUCCGCGGAUAUUUGGGGGGUGGGUCUGACGCUCGUGACGUGUGCUCUUGGACAAUUGCCUUACGAAGACGCAGGAGGCUACUGGGAGCUUGUCUCCGCGCUCAAGGAAAGGGAACCACCGUCCCUCCCGCGCUCGGAAUUUUCCUCGGAGUUUCGGGAUUUCGUUCGGCAAUGUUUGAACAAAGAGCCGAGCAAACGGCCUACGGCCCGUUACCUGUUGGACCGUCAUCCCUUCUUGCGACAAACAAGAAGGGCCGUGGGCCAGAAGUCACCGACCGUGUCAGCUGCUGCUCCCGAGAUUGGGGAUACCAAGCACGUUGAGAGAAAAGGACUCGGGAGAGUGGAAUGGGAGGAAGAGGAGGCGGGGGAGGAUGUGGGAGCUGGAUCGACGAGCGCGCGGAGGGAACUGUCGGACAUCCUGGAAGCGGUUAAAUCCUAUUAUCGGCGCCUGUGGCAAGACAUGGGCCUCCAUGGCAGCAGCAACACCCACAGCAGCAACAGUCAGGGCGGCGAUGACCCGGACGUAAAGAAAGGGGGAGCACUCAUGUUGCCCAACGCGCAAAUGGAGGCAUUGAAGGGGCUGGCAGGACAACUGGGUCUUCCCUUAAGGGUGGUUCGCGCCGCUUUUCGGCAGAUGUUGCAUGAGAUGAUCAAGGAGCAGUGCAUGGAGGCCGGGGCGGAGGAAGGGGAGGAAGACGGGCAGGCAUGGGGGCGGGAGUAG